AGAGCUCGCUCCCUCUACCAGAGGCAGCUGCACCUGCUCUGGGGGCCCAAGGAGCGCGCGGGCCAGGGGCGGCCCCAGAGAGGAGGAGGCGGGCGAGGAGCGGAUCUGCCAGGCCGUGUCGCGGCGGCGUCUCGCGGCGAGAAUCAGGAGGAGGAGGAGAGGCAAGGAUAGGCCCAGGAAUAAUGGAGUCCAAAGAAGAGCAAGCAGUAAAAAACCUCAACGAAGAAAAUGCUGGUCAAGAAAUGGAAGAAAAGAAGCAAGAUGCUAAUAAAAAGGAGCCACUGGCCCUGCCUUUGGAAGCUGGUGAAUACUGUGUGCCUAGAGGAAAUCGCAGGCGAUUCCGUGUUAGGCAGCCCAUCCUGCACUAUAGAUGGGACCUGAUGCAUAGGCUUGGAGAGCCUCAGGCAAGAGUGAGAGAAGAGAACAGGGAAAGGUUUGGGGAGGAAGUGAGACAGCUCAUGGAAAAGCUGAGGGAAAGGCAGUUGAGUCAUAGUCUGCGGGCAGUUAGCACUGACCCCCCUCACCAUGACCACCAUGAUGAGUUUUGCCUUAUGCCCUGAAUCCUGGUGUUUUCCCCGAGGUUAAUAGGGAGACCCCUGCUUCCUAAACUUACGUGUUUGUGAAUGUACUGUUGUAAAUCUUUUGAUGUUUCUUGUUCCUUGUGGGUCUCCUAUUCUAAAUGAAUGUUGUGUCUUUAACCCCGUCUAAUAUUUUUGUCAGCAGGGGAAUUUUACCUAUUGCAUGGAAAGAUGCUUAGUAUAUAUUGUGAAGUUAAUAAAGCAGUUUUA